GCGGAGCUGCUGGAGGGGGCUGCUCCGCGCCGGGGCCGUUGGCUCCAGACAAAUAAACAUGGAGUCCAUCUUCCACGAGAAACAAGAAGGCUCGCUUUGCGCUCAGCAUUGCUUGAACAACCUAUUACAAGGGGAGUACUUCAGCCCCGUGGAGUUGUCUUCAAUCGCGCACCAGCUAGAUGAAGAGGAAAGGCUGAGAAUGGCAGAAGGAGGAGUCACUAGUGAAGACUACCGCACAUUUUUGCAGCAGCCUUCUGGAAAUAUGGACGACAGUGGCUUUUUCUCCAUUCAAGUUAUAAGCAAUGCUUUGAAAGUUUGGGGUUUAGAACUAAUCCUAUUCAACAGUCCAGAGUACCAGAGGCUCAGAAUUGAUCCUAUAAAUGAAAGAUCCUUUAUAUGCAAUUAUAAAGAACAUUGGUUUACAGUUAGAAAAUUAGGAAAACAGUGGUUUAACUUGAAUUCUCUGUUGACGGGUCCAGAAUUAAUAUCAGAUACAUACCUCGCACUCUUCCUGGCUCAGUUACAGCAAGAAGGUUAUUCUAUAUUUGUUGUUAAGGGUGAUCUGCCGGAUUGUGAAGCUGACCAGCUUUUGCAGAUGAUCAAGGUCCAACAGAUGCAUCGGCCAAAGCUUAUUGGAGAAGAACUAGCGCAUCUGAAGGAACAGAGUGCCCUCAAAGCAGAUCUGGAACGAGUCUUAGAGGCAGCAGACGGGUCGGGAAUAUUUGAUGAAGAGGAGGAUGAGUUACAGAGGGCUCUAGCCAUCAGUCGCCAGGAAAUCGACAUGGAGGAUGAGGAAGCCGAUCUCCGCAGGGCCAUUCAGCUCAGUAUGCAAGGUAGUUCCAGAAGUAUGUGUGAAGAUGGCCCGCAGGCGUCAAGCACAGACCUUUCUUCAGAAGAGCUGCGGAAGAGAAGAGAAGCCUACUUUGAAAAGCAGCAGCAUCAGCAACAGGAGGUAGGCCGGCCUGGACCCCGUUCACACCCACGUGAAAGACCGACCACCAGUUCAGGAGGGCUUGGGAGCAGCCAAGCAGGCGACGCUGCCAGAGAAGAGGACAUGCUUCGGACAGCUGUGACCGCGUCUUUAGAAACUGCUAAAGGCAAUUUGAAAGCAGAAAGAAAAAAAUAGUACCUUUAAAAAUCAUUUUGCUACUCAUACUUUGUAACAUUGUCUAUGUGAUUACAGUGUAAGGUCCACUUCGGCAGUGUGUUCACCAGAAGAGAUAAAGACACUGCAGUCGUUUGUAAGCAGAAAGGCAGAAACGUGUCAUAGGACUAAGGAACAAUGGAGAUGCUAGCCAAAGAGGUAGUGAAAUGAAAGAAACUUAAGGUAGUUUUCUAAAUGUCCCUUUUUGUUUUUCAAAUGUGCAAUAUCUAACUGAAAUUAUGGAGUUUUUCUUGGCUCUUUUGGACCAACUGAUUAGCUCUUGCCACAGAACUUGAUCCUGUAAUGUUUCGGUUUCCCUCUGCAUUGGAGGUGACUUGGCUCUCUGGAGCUUUUACUUGAUUUCAGGCCAACCUUUUAUGAAAUGUCUUUUGUAUGUCUUGUUAGGGAAAGACCAGUCUGUCUUCUCAUAUAUAUGUAGGGCACAUGGGUGCUUCCUGGUGUUAUUUUCUCUGGUUUUGGUUAUUCUCUCACAACUCUAAUGUGAUCUGUUGCUUUUAAAGCCUUUUUUUUUUUUUGUUUU